AUGUCGAAUUCGACUCUGAAUCUCAUGAACACGCGCAAAUUCUUCAGAUUCCGCGCCUGUACCGAGAUGCGAUUCUCUGUAAUACCGUUGGUUUACUUCUCACUGUGGAUGCAGGCCUGUGUGUUCCACUAUCCUUUUCGUCAGUCCCCUCUUUUCGUGAGGCGCGCCGUCACCUCGAUCUCCUUAUUGUUUUGUCAUGAGCUGGUACUCGUCAAACACGCGACGCCUCAGCUCGGAAUUCAACAGUUCGUCUCGCCCUUUCAGAUCAACAAAUCUAGAAUCCUUCCCUCCACAGCAAACUCCACCCUAGCUGUCGUCCCGCGACUGCAGAACAUGCCAAUCUGUAGAUCCCACACCCUCAGUGGCCACUCAACAUCCUGCACGCCACUCCAAACCCCUUCUAGCGUCACGUCCCCGCUUCUUUCGUGGAGAACCGACGUCAAAGCACUGAACGUUCGGCACCUGGGCCGAGUGCAUCGUGAUGCAUCUGAUAAUCCAGAUAUUGGUGCUGUGCGCAUCGCAGCACAUCGCAGCGCAUCGCAGACUGACGUGAUAAUAACACUCGGGUGCUCGGCGCGCAUCGAGAUGAUAGCUAGACGUGACAUUGCUUCUCCUCCUGAUGCAGAGAUGACGGUCGCCUUUGCAUCCAACGGAAGGCCUUCCUGUUUGCAGCCCCCUGGCUGCCACCAGGUCGUAACGAACUUCCUCGAACUUCGCAUGCGAACAUCUAUAUCAUUUGGGCGCCACUGA